AAUGCUCUGACGUUAAUAUUUUUUUAAUUAGAACAAAAAAAAAAAAAAUUCGAACAAAAGUUAUUUGCAAUAAUCGACAACAAAAAGAAACACACUGUGUUAAUCUUUGGCAGUGUUUUUGACAAUUUGUUCGAAAUAUUUGAUAACGAUGACAUUUUUCAAAAAUUAAGCUUAUUAGUGUCAUAAAUAAAAAAGAUAAUCAAAAAGGUCGAAGAAGGUUCCAUACUAUUCUUUGAGGAUAUUACCUUAGGAGCUACUAACACAUACAGGCUGCUCCAAAGUAAAAAAUGGUAAUUUGUUAAUUUCUUCGAAACCGCUACACCGGUUGUUAUAAUACUGUGUACACUCGUUCUAAAUACCCUAAUGCAUAUGUACAUUUCGGCUUUGUCCAAUGGCUAGGGACACACUGUAUAUUAUUUGCACGCAUAACAACUACAGCGAUACAUAUAUUUUUAAUUGAUUUUGUAUACCAUUUUAAAUUCUCUACUAUGUCAUGCAUUUAUUAAUAACCUACCGAUGUUUUGAAGUCCCUGUAUGCGUGACAGACAAGAAGAUGCCUAACACCUUCCCUGUUUCGAUCUGUAAUGAACUAUGUAUUCUUUUAUUUUCAAUGGAACUAAAGGUCUAUUUGUUAUCACUUAAGCUUAUAUAUAUUAAUAUGUGACUGUUUGUUUCCUAAAUAAAUAAAAUAAAAAAUAAAUAAACACAUGAUGUGACAUUAUCUAUGAAAAGGCACCUUAUUGUAGAUGGCGCUUACGCCGCACUGCGUAGCGGGGCGUAGUUUAUAAUAUGGGAGCAUCGUCGAUAAUAGCGUAAGCGCCACCGACAAUAAGGUCCCUUUUCGGGUACCUAAUGAUUCUCCGACAAUUAAUUCGCAGACAACGGCUAUAAUUACAGGUCCUCGACUAUGUCACAGAAGUAAACAAACAGCGCAACCUAGCGGCCACACUCACGCACUAUUAUGACUCCUGGUGCCAGCUCACCGAGAUCAUCUUCUGCGUCGUGCCACAGGACCUGCUCACCCUCGACGCCAAGAAGAACCUCCUCAUCAGCAUACUACAAGACCUCCUUAACAAAAUACCUAACGCUGACCCACCAGUCAUACCACAACUGGGUGUUCUGGCUUCCGGAACUGUGCUAUUACUCCUAGUCAAUCUAAGACACUGUUAUAUGUUGCAAAGGAAAGAAUCAAACUCGAAAUCCUCAGACUUCGACACCACAUUCUUCACUUUAAGCCAGAUGCAAACCAAAUCUCUACCCUUCAAGUUUAUCCUACACAAAAUCCUCUCCUGGAUCCUCGUAUCAGGCGACCAGUCUCAAAAACUCCGCGUGAACCUGUACGGGGCGUUGCUAAAUUUCCUGAAUAUAGUUAACAUGAAGCAUCAAGAUGAUGAGGACAGUCAGGACACGACGUAUGUGAGCCGGCUGGACGCUUCGCGAGUGCGGCAUAGUAAGGCGGAGUCUUCGCUGAAGAGCAUGGUCAUCGAUGAUAUUAAAUAUUACGGGGUUAAUCUGUACAGUAUUAUAGGUGCGGACUGCGUUCGAGCGGGGCACGACGCGUGUCGCAUGGUGGCGCUGGCGUGCAUAGACUCACUCAUAGACAUAGACUCGAGGACAGACUGGAUCGACGCGCUCAGCAACCAGGGCCUGCUGCGCUCCCUGGUCGACAGCCUGCUGUCCAUGGACGAGGGGCUUCGAGAGGUGAGCUUUAGUGUUACACUCAUAGACGUAGACCUGAGGACAGACGGGAUUGACGCCAGCAACCAGGGCCUGCUGCGCUCCCUGGUCGACAGCCUGCUGUCCAUGGACGAGGGGCUUCGAGAGGUGAGCUUUAGUGUUACACUCAUAGACGUAGACCUGAGGACAGACGGGAUUGACGCCAGCAACCAGGGCCUGCUGCGCUCCCUGGUCGACAGCCUGCUGUCCAUGGACGAGGGGCUUCGAGAGGCGGUGGAGCCCAACCCGAAGUCCCUCCGCGUGAUCUACCUGUACGAGUCCAAGAUGGCGCUGCUGACCCGCGUGGCGGGCUCCGCGGCCGGCGCCGGGGCCCUGCUGGCGCACGGCGCCCUGCAGGCCCUCGCCGAGCUCUCCGUGCUGCGCAGCCACCCCGACAUACACGCGCCCAGCCAGCAGCAGUUCGUGCCCGACCAGGCCGACAGAUAUCGUCAAAUCCUGAUCCCGGCCCUGGCGCUUUGUGACGCGCUGCUGACAACCCUGGGCAGCGAGAACGAGAGCUGCGUGCACCUCAUCAUGCAUCUCCUUUACACCAACGUGGAGUGCAUGGACAUGGUUCUACGCGCCGCCCACCCCACCUCAGCCGCAGGGCUACUAAUCGAGGUGGAGUGGCUGACGUCAGUGCUGGCGCGCUGCUCCGCCUGCCCGGCCUUCGGCACCGGCGACCUGGCCGCCGAGCGCGUCGCGCGCACCCGCCUGCUGCUGGCGGCCCUGCUGCCGAGGUUCCAGCGGGCGCCCACUGCACCAGACCUGGACCUCACUACUUACUACCGGAUCGUGUGCAACAUUCUAACGUUCACGCGCAACACAGUGGAGUCCUGGUUCCUGAACGGCGAAGCCCCGGGUCCACUACCACCGUACACAGCUGUCUUAACCCUGCUCCAGGACUCCGUGUCGCACGCCCACCACUACAACAAGGCGCUCACCACCACCCUGCAUCGGCUGGACAUGCGGGCGCUGCUGCCGUCCGGGGACUCCGGUGACUCGCCGGCGGCGCGCGCGCGGUCUCUGCGGCGGCAGCUGCAGCAGUGCGGCCACGCCGCCUGCCUCGCGCUGCACCUGCUGUGGCGGAUGGCGCAGUGCUCCAAGCACCGGGCCGACGGUCAGUAGCUGUCUCGUGGCACUUGCAGACGUGCGGGCGCUGCUGCCGUCCGGGGACAGUGGCUUGUCGCCGGCGGCAGCUGCAGCAGUGCGGCCACGCCGCCUGCCUCGCGCUGCACCUGCUGUGGCGGAUGGCGCAGUGCUCCAAGCACCGGGCCGACGCCCCCGCCCUGAACGGCACGUGGCAGGCCGCGCCGGGCGCGGUGCCGGCCGAGCUGCGCAAGGAGCUGGCCGCCGCCUUCAGCGAGCGCUUCACGCAGAGCCUGCUCGACUGCGCGGAGACGCAGUCGACGCAGCGGUUCUUCCUGAACGUGAUCGUCAAAGGCAUCAAGACCAUGAUGCAGUUCUAGCGAGGCGGUGAUCCAGACGCGAGGUUUGACUUCAAUACUUCAAUAUCAAAUAGAAACAUUGUACCUAAUGUAAGAAAGUUAUCAGAAAAUCGAGUUCCGAAUGAGUGUGAGAUGUUAAAAAGUUAGUCACUGUUAGGUUUGUGACGAUAAUUAUGCAUUGAAUAUGAAAAAAACUUGGUUUUAUUCAUUUCAUAAAGUAUAAGCUAUAUUACUAUGUGAAAAAAGGCAAAAAGUUGAUUCCCAUAAAAAAAUCAUGUAUGGAAGGUGGAGGUAAGGAAUGGAAUCUUCAUGUACCAAAAAGUGUCAUCAAAAAACCAUAAAAACCUAAUAGACAGCGCACUUCACUCCGUCAAUAACGCCUAGGUUCUUAGCUACACUAGCGCUACUCUGGAGAGAUUUGGAACUAUUAUUUAUAGCUGACAGCUGGACACUUGCCACAGUUCUACCAUAAGAGAUUUCACUCUUUUUAAUUCCACACUCCAUAAUUUCAUGCUUAUAUAAUUAUCGUCAUUGCAGUUAUAAUAGGGAGUAUUACUGCAAUGUUCUGCCGCCAGAGUUCAGAGGGGCUACCGCGAACCACGUUCGACGUGUUGCCUCUCUGUCGCACUUGUAAAUUCUUACGUAAGUGUGACAGGGAGGCAACACGUCGAACGUGGUUCGCGGUAGGCCCUCAGCUAGCACCUUUCGUAAACCAUAGAGUAACUUAUACAUACUGUGCCUUAAACUGUUGAUUGACAAGUUUUCACAGAUAAUAAAAUAUGACAUUGAUGCAUCAAGACGGAUUGUUUACAAAAGGCCUACCGGGAAAAUUUAAAUUUAGUUAUCUGCUUCUUCAUCGCUCGAAUAUGCAAAAGUGAUGGAGAGGUUAGAUAACGAAAUUUGGAUUUUGAUGGAUUGUGGUAGUGGCGCCCCCUACGCAGAGUUUCGCGUUAUAUUCCCUAUUAGGUACUAUUGUCUGCAAGUAGCGGAAUGUUGUAAAAUUAUGUAAAAGUUUCACAGUAAAUAAAAGAUACCUUCAUUUCAAAAUUGAUAUUUUCGAUUCCUAUACAAACAGAAGACGUUACCGAAAUCUUGCCAAUUGGAAAUUUAUUAUAUAUAUACUACUACUACUCCUUCCUUGCCGUAUACGGCAAUGGCGACCCCAUCAACAAUUCUUAUCCGGAUUAUGAAAUGCCCUUAUGUGGCUCGCAAAACCAAACUUUGUUUUGAAGAUGCGGUCACACGAUGCGCAAUGGAGUUGUCCAGUCGAGUUGCGGGUGUAUGUGUAGGAGGGCUUAGGUCGCGUCUUGCGGAUAUUAUAUAUAUAUAUAUAGUCCUCCUCAUCAUUUUCGAUGACGGCGACUCCAAAUAAACACAUUAUGGACGUUGUCUAGCGUGAGCCCUAAUGUGGCUGGCCAGGCCGAACUUGCUCUUAAAUACUCUAUUGCACGCGUGACAAUAAAGUUGGCCAGCUGCGUUGAACGUGAGUAGGGAGGAUAUGCCGUUUUUGGCUCAGUUUAGGUAUUUAUCUCCCCCC